AUGGCCAACAUAAGACCGUUGUCGGAGGAAUUGCAAAAAAUUGCCAUCGAAGAAUUAGGAGAGGUACCCUCCAGAAUAUCUGCCGAUUUAAAGGCUCUUAAAACAUGGAUAGAACAACAGCCUCAUUUAAGAGCUCGCACCGAAGAUCAAUUUCUCAUACAAUUCCUAAGAGGCAGCAAGUUUAGUCUUGAAAGAGCCAAAGAAAAAAUUGAUUUGUUUUACUCACUCAAAACAAAAUAUCCUGAAAUGUUUGGUGCCAUCGAUGUGGAUGAACCCAGGUUUAGGGAAAUUCAUAACUUGGGUUGCUACACCAUUUUACCAAUUCCUCUCAACGAGAAUGGACCACGCAUAAUGGUCUAUCGUUUCAAUUACAGUAUUGACCUCUAUUCAAAUGAGGAUAUCUAUUACCCGUCUAGUGCAAUGUUUGAAUUGACCAUGCGCAAUGAUCCCUAUACCGGUAUACAUGGUAUCAUUCUGAUAUUUGAUUUUUCCCAAGGUAGUGUCAAACAUUUUCUACAACUUACGCCAAGUGUUUGCAAGAAAAUUGUUUCAUUUAUGGAAAAAUCUAUGCCGGUACGGGUUCCUUCGGUGUAUUUCAUAAAUGUUCCCACAGCAGCUCAAGCAUUUUUCAAGCUCAUUGUAAACUUAGUAUCAGAAAAACUACGAAAACGAAUACAUAUUUUGGGCAAAGGUGUACAAGAAUUGACUCAAUAUAUUCCUCUCAAAUAUUUACCAAGUGAUUAUGGUGGUAAAAAUGGAUGUUUGAACGAUUUGGCCAAUGAUUAUAAUAAAAUUUUUGAUUCACAUCGUGAGUACAUAAGGGAAAAUGCACUUUAUGGUACUAAUGAAAGUCUAAGACCUGGAAAACCUUUAAAUUUGGAGGGAUUACAUGGUUUGGGAGGAUCCUUUAGAAAGCUGGUUGUGGACUAA